AUGACACUACUAAAUGAUCCUGAUCAUGUGAAGAUAAAGAUAGAGAAGGAUUCUUGGAAUUUUGGAAAGGCAUCUGAUCAGAUGCUGAAGAACAAGGAGAGGAUUGACAUUGAGAAGAAUGAGAAUUACAUUGUGAAAGAAACCAAUAUUGAUGCAAGACUAAAGCCACGAAAAUCUUUGAAAGCAAAGUUAGAAGAGCUGCCACCAUUGCCCCGUUCCUCAAACUGUUAUAUCUAUAGAGUUCCACAGCGUCUACGCCAAGAAAAUGAAAAAGCUUAUGCACCUCAAGUAGUCUCCAUCGGCCCUCUUCACCAUGGGAAACAACACUUAAAAUCCAUGGAAAAAGAAAAACAGAGGUACCUGAAAGAGUUCCUUGAACGGACUGGUGCAAAAUUGGACGAUCUGCUCAACUUAAUCACAGAAAAGGAACAACAAUUACGUAGUUGUUAUGCUGAAGAAAUAGAACUUGAUCGUGAGGAAUUUGUGGAAAUGAUCUUGGUGGAUGCAACGUUUAUCAUUGAAGUGUUAUUGAGGUCUCAGUUCCGAGAUUUAGAAAACCAAGAAGACCAUAUAUUUGAAAAGCCAUUUUUUAUAGAAGAUAUAUGGUACGAAAUGUGGUUGCUUGAGAAUCAGAUUCCAUUCUUCAGGAUAUUUUUAACCUGGAGACUAUCUCUGAAUUAG